AUGGGUAUUAUGCAUGCACAAAUUGUAUUACAGAAGUAUGUCUUUUUGUUGUAUUCUUUUCUUUCACCUGUACUGUAUGACGACACACAAGUAAUUUACCCAUAUGAAAAAAAUAAUUACGAGGCAAGAACUCAUCACCAUUUUUUAACAACAGCAAAAGCAGUUGAAGCUAAAGUAGCGAGUGGUCGUAGUCGUCGCACAUCAGUCGCUGGUAUUAAAGGUUUAUCGUCAUUAUUAAAAGUGUUGCAUUAUCCUGUUGAUGUAGUAUAUGAUUAUAUGCACUUGAUAUGUUUAAACCAUGUGCCAACAUUAAUUAAACGUUUUACUGGAAUUUUAUCAAAAAAUGAUAUUGAUAAAACUGAUUCAAUUCUAUCAGCUAUUCGUUUACCACAUGAUGUCAAUGUCAGAUAUAAUUACUCAAUACAAUCCAUUAACGAUUGGAAAGCAAAAGAUAAUAGAUUAUUAAUACACUAUUAUUGCCAAACAUCAUCAAAAGUAUAUGAUCCGAAGAUUGAAUUAUAUUCUUUACAUGCUCAUCUGCAUCUACCGGCACAGGUUUUGAUAAUGUUUUUACGUCAACAACUACCGAAUAUUGUUUGUUCUUUUGUUCUAGAUCAUGGUGGUUUAGCUUUUACAUCCUCGUUUUGUUUCGAAUCAGCAAUUCGUUCUAUUAAAAAUAAGUCACAUGGCACAAAAAAUCUUGGAUCACAGAUUGGUUAUUGGUGUGACAUUGAUACAAUUAUACCUUUAAAUGAAUUUGAACUAAUGUCACCAUCACUAGUGGAUGAAAUAAAGCUAGAUAGUGAUUUAUUAAAAGCUCAUCGUGGUAUAUUAACGAAAAAAUUUAAUGAUUUACAACAAGAUAUUACGACAAUAAAAUUAUAUUUACGUUUUAAAGAUAAAUUUGUAACAUAUCAUUCAUUUUUAUAUGGUAAGCGAUUUACCUGUAUUAGUUAUUUAAUAUCGUAUAAUGAUAAUUAUCAACAAAUCCAGUAUGGUAAUAUUAUUAUUUUUUAUAUAUUCAACGAUGUAUGGUAUUCAUUAAUACAACAAUAUCAUCGAGCUGAUAUUAACAUUUCUGACUUUCUUGAAAUUCCCAAUGAAUUAAAAGAGAUAAUAGAUUUAUUUUACCCUAUUUGCUUCUUAAGUGAUACAUUUGUUAUUAUUCCUAUGUCUUCGAAAACGAACAGUUAUCAACGUCCUUAUCUAACACAACGUGUAUCAACAGAAAAAAAACGUUAUUCGUGUAUUGCUUAUCUCGAUGAACCAUCAAAGUACAGUAUUGUUGAUUCAAAACGAUUGGCAAAUAUAGAUGAUCGAGGUUAUGGUAUUAUUAAAGAACUUGGAAAAUCAUACAAUAUUCAUGUCGAACAAACAGGCACCCAAGAAUCCAUGGAAAAAUAUGGUUGUUUGUUAGAGAAGGCGAUGCAAUCUCAAAUGCACGAAGAGGUACCUUCUGAUUGUGAAGAAUGGCGAGCAAAACAAAGAAAGGAAAAUCAAUCAAAAGCUUUAUCAACACCACUAAGACCAAGCUUGAAAUCAAAAUCAUCAAAUAAACAACCGAAACAGACUCUAUCUCCUGCACCGAAAGAAUUUUCAUUAAAAGAUAUUUUCUUUGGUCAAACACCACCAUCGUCGUUAUUAUCUCAAUCUGGCUCAUCUGACAAUACACGACAGUCACGUGCACAUAUUCAAGGUGAAAAAGAAGCUAAUCAUGAUUCAUCUAGUUCGGAUGAUGAUGAAGAUGAAAAUUCUAAAUUAACAAUAGAUAUCGAAGAAGAUUUGGCAGACGAUUUACCAUCAAGUUCUAUACGAUUGCCACCAACUACAACUUCAAAAAAACGUGCAUCAAAAUCAAAAAAAAAAACACCGAUUGCAAAACGUUUACGUUUUACAAUGAAUGAUGAUGACGACGAAAAGGAUGAUGAAGAACAACAAUUGGAUUUGCAACAAACGGUGAAUUACGUUAAACAAGUCAAUGCAAAUGUGCUCAAAAUGCAGAAGCAACAAGAAAAAUUAGCAGUUACUUUAGGUCGUCAAAAUACAUUUUUAAACAAUUUGUGUAAAAAUCAAAAAAAAUUAGCUAAAAGUUUAGCACGACGUAAAAUUCCUGUUUUUCUGGAAGAAGACGAUGAAAAUGCAAUUGAUCAGAAUUCAACCGAUUAUGUGUCAACAUAUACUAGAAGUGAUGGUCUUGUUGUUGAACUAUUGAAGGUAUAUGGUACAAAAGAAAAUACAGUUAAAUAUGCUUUAAAAUUAAUUGAUGCAUUAUUUAUUGAUAAACAAGAUUUGCAAAAUGCUGAUUCUAAAAAAAUUGAUGAAGAUCCACGAGUUAAAGCAAUAUAUGGUCCAAUUAAACAAAAGUUCAACUUUUCAGUCGAAGAAAUGUCAAUCAUUUGGCCGCCUGUUCAUGAUUCUAUUCUUAGCAAACGACGCAAUCAAGGGAAAAUAUUGAAGGCAAAUGUAACACAAAAUGAAUCGACUUCAACUACUUUGACAUUACAAGCUGUUAAUCACAACAAUAAUGAACAACAAGAUGAAACAGGUGCAGGUGAACAGCAACACGAAACAGAUGAAGAUGAACAAACAUAA